CGUUUAACGCAGCGGGAGCAAAGUUGACGCUUUCCGCCCGGAGGGCAGAAAAAUUUUUUUUUUGAUAAAAUUUUCACUAUCUGAAAUAGUCGCUCCAAAAGAAAAAAAAUAUGUGUCUCUCCCCCCUCUAACUUUCGAACCAUGGGAAAAAUCGUAAAACAAAAACUUAGUAAAUACUUUCAAUUCGAAAACUAUAGCGAACAUGAUCGGUCCAGUCGUUUUUAAGUUAUUGCAAAAAAUCUCUUAUGCUUGUAAUGUAGCUACAUGAUCCUUAAUAGCCCCCAUUUGGCCUGUUCUGACAUAAUGGUAACUACGAAACCCUACACUGAGCAUUGCCUGACAUGCUCAUAGGCGUUUUUUUUUAACUUUCUUCAAUCUCUGCUUUUUUAUAUAUAUUUAAUUUAAGUGAAUAGUUUAUUUUUAUUGUGUACUAAAUGUUUAUUUGUCUGGUUUUUAUGGUUUAGGUGUGAUCAAAAAAUAUAUCUUUAGUCCUUCUACUAUGAAUAAGUAAUAACUGUUAAUUAUGAGUUUACAAGAGCAUAUUACGAGAUCUUUAUGGUAGAAUAUUAUUAUAUGAAACUAAACAAUCUCCACAGAAUCUCCGUCUACUACUACCUUAUCUGCUAUCCUCCUAUUUGUACUAUCAACUAAAACAAAUUCAUUGUUUCAUCUAGAACCUAAUAGUUACUCAUGCGAGAUUUAUUAUUUAACAUUACUUAAGUAGUAUUAAUAGACUUGGAUUAAAGUCGGUCUACCUAAUCCGCACAGAUACAUUUUAUUAAUAUGUUAUAAUCUUACAGAUGCUCUGAUGCUAACGGCAUUCAUUCUCGAUAUACUCUCGGAAACGCGCGACCGCGUACGCAUAGGCAAUACAUUGCUUACUACCGCCAUGUUCAGCAGCGAGUCGUUUCUGUUGAUGCUAUGUUACAGCAUUGGUGUGUGGACUGCCCCGCGACAAAUCAGGCAGACCAUAUUUGUGCUACAACUGUUGAAAAAGGUUAGAAGCAACCUUAAAGGAAAUAAAAGAUUGCAAUAUAGCAAAGCUAAACACAUAUCACUAAUUUUAUACAUAAUAUGGCAAAUUAUAUCCUAUUAUGUCAUAUACAGCACGCUAACAUAUUAUGGAGGAAUGCGUAAAAAUAUUUUAGUUUCCAGCUUGUACAUUUCUUAUAGCUUCGAAGCUAUCGCAAUAACAUUUCUUGAACUGAACUGGAGUUUGUUACUGGUAGAGAUAUAUUCCACACUCAACCUUGUAAAUGAUGAACUGGAGGAAUUAUUUACACAUGUUGCAACCGCUCGGCGUUACGGACAUGAAAAUGAAUACAUUCACCAGCUUAACCUGAGCUACGACGCGAUAUGCGACACAUUGAUGCAACUGGACAAAAACAACGGGCCCUUUUUGCUGUGUAGUUUCAUAUUGCUAUGCAUGCUUUUGUUGAUAACUCCAUAUAAUUUGAUAGCAGUUUCAUUAUAUACUAACAGCAACGAUGAACUAAAGCGGUAUAUGUCAAUAGGAGUACAGUUAAACUGGUGUUUGCUACACUUGAGCCGUCUCGUAGUCUUGGUGGAACCAUGCCAUUGGCUCCAAAAACAGAUGGAACGUACCGGCCGCGUGUUAAACAAGCUAGUAUGCCACGCCGACCGCUGCGACCUCAGCCGCAUGACUCUGGAUCCAUUCCUACUACAGACUCAGAUGUACAACUGCACACUGGCGCCCUGUGGCGUGUUCACCAUCACGAGGCCGCUUUUGGCGUCGGUUCUCGGAGGCGUCCUUACUUAUUUAAUUAUCAUGGUUCAGUUUCAAAACAUCACCGAGAUAAUCUAACAAACAACACAAAUUUGUAUUAAAAGGAACAUAUGUAGCUUAAAUAUGUAUUUGCUUUAGUUGCUACAGCCACAUAGAGUAAUGUCACGUAAUUAUUUUAUACUACGUAAGUAAUAAAAAAAUACAUUGAUGUUUCAUUUCAGGAUAAUUAUAUUUUUACCUUUACUUAAGGGCUACCGCACACUAGCGUCUUUAUAGCGUCAGCCUCUAGUCGGCAGCUUGGAUAUAUGCUUACGAUCCGGAUUCUAAACAGCAGUUGACUGUUUGGGUGUUCCAAUAUGAGCCAAAACCGAUCAAAGUAAUACGCUCACGGAGCACUUCGAAAACAAGUACCCGUCAAAAAUAUUUUUGACACACUUUUAUUACCGACUGCACUUUCUCAUUUUUGUACGUCUAUCAACUACUUCUUGAAACCUUUCAAAUGAGCCUAAACUCAAUGUGUUUACGUUUUUCCAUCGAAGAGUUCCUUUGGCUACCUUCCGACUGCAUCACCAGAUCAGCUCCAUGUUAGCAUACUAUUGCAUUGUCAUCGGAAAUACGGAAGUAUACCAAAUUUCAGCUCAAACAGACACCAGGAAGUAGUUCAAAUUUAUGUUAUUUGAAGCACAAUAUAUAAUAUAUAUAUAUAUAUAGAUUAAUAUAUAUACAAAGAAGAUACGCGGUGAAGCUAAAUCAAAGUGUGUAAAAAGUGUGUAAAAAUGGUCACCACGUUUGUAGCGAAAAAUGGUCACCGUGCUAGAGGAUCGUAAAACGGUCAAUGCUGACUGGUAUACCAGUUAUCAGCGAGUUCCGAAAAAACAACCCCAGACGUCGUAUAGUACUGCACCACGAUAAUGUGAGCUCGCACACCGCUAGGCAGACAAUUGAGUUUUUAAAAGAGCAAAACGUCAAAAAUCUGGAACACUCGCCGUACAGUCCAGACUUAAGCCCCAAUGACUUCUUCACUUUUUCAAAAAUCAAGCCAUGACUUCGUGGUCAACGGUAUCGAACGCCUGAAGAAGCGGUUGAGGCCUACAAAACGGCCAUUUUGGAGACCCCGACUUCGGACUUUAAUAAGUGUUUCGAAAACUGGUUCGAUCGAAUGAAAAAGUGUAUUACGUAUUUCGGUGAUAACUUUGAAAAACAAUAAAUAUCAAAUAACACUUAUAUUGUCUUUGGUUUUACCAAACGACAGAACUUAAAAGGCAGCCCUUGUAUGUACAUAAAAGACUGGUUGGACGUGGGCAGUACAGAGAAGCUAAUUCGCAUGACUUCAGAUAGAAUGGCAUAUAGACAUAAGGUCGCCAACCUCCGGGAUGGAGAAGGCACUUAAAGAAGAAGAGAAGUAUAUAAACUUUAUGGAAUAUAUUGUAAUGUAUCGAUUAUCUGUUACUUUGGCUAACUAACCUACUAGAAUUGGACCAAGCUAACUCUGACAAAGUGUGGCAAUAUCAUCAUUAGUGUCAAAUGUCUACGAAAAAAUGAUGUUUGCAAAGAUAGGUAGGUACUUCCUCCCUUUGUUCUAUUAAAGUCGAUGCAAAGUUAGCUUAGAGCUCUUUCCCACUAACGUCCAGUUUUUUGCGGGUACGGUUUUCUGCAAGAUCCCGUUUUAGUAGUAUACGUACUAAUAUAAGGAAUGUUUAUUUCAUUUCAUUUCAUUUAUUCAACAUUAAAAGUCAUGUGCAUUACAGAAGAUGUUAGUUGGAUGUAGUCAGUACAUGACACCCGGAUAGGGCGCAUAAUGUUAGUACUUAUGAGGUACCUAA